AUGAAUAUCUUCAGGCUUCUAGCCGACUUCUCCCACCUCGCGUCGAUCUUCAUCCUUUUACAAAAGAUGAAGACGUCCAGCAGCUGCUCCGGAUUGUCAUUCAAGUCACAAGUGCUCUAUCUACUCGUCUUCGUCACUCGCUAUCUCGACCUCUUCUGGACUUUCACCGAGUCACUCUACCUCACCACCUUCAAGCUCCUCUUCAUUGGAUCCUCGGGCUACAUUAUCUAUCUCAUGCUGAACGACUACAAGCCCACCCAUGACCCCAAUAUCGAUACAUUCAAGGUCCAGUACCUUCUUGGAAUCAGUGCCAUUCUGGCCCUUCUCUUCCCUCACGAUUACCGUCUCUCCGAGAUCCUCUGGACAUUCUCUAUUUGGCUGGAGUCCGUCGCUAUCUUGCCUCAACUGUUCAUGCUGCAACGGACGGGCGAAGCUGACACGAUCACAACCCACUACUUGUUUGCUCUUGGUGUAUACAGGGCUCUCUAUAUCCCAAAUUGGAUCUUCCGGUAUUUCACGGAGGCCUCCUUCCAACGGUCGUUCCAGCCGGUCCCCAUCAUUGCAGGCAUUGUUCAGACACUGCUCUAUUCGGACUUCUUCUAUAUCUACUACAACAAGGUUCUGAAAGGCAAGAAGUUCUCGCUCCCUGUUUAA